GCUGGCUCCGAAAGAUGCAACAAAACCAAAACCUUUGGCGAGAGGCUAAAAGAAGCAGGAAACAUUAACAACUCACUCCUCAUCCUGGGGAAGUGCAUCAACGCCCUGCGCAACAAUCAGACCGAAAAAAUGAAGAGCGCUUGCAUCCCUUUUCGUGAGAGCAAGCUGACCAAGCUCUUCCAGGCUGUUUUCUGCGGCAAAGGAAGAGCUUCAAUGAUCGUCAACACUAGUCAGUGUGCUUCGACAUAUGAUGAGACGCUCCAUGUCAUGAAGUUCUCUGCUGUAGCCAAACAGGUGCAGGUGAUCCCGGACAAGUCCCUGGAAUCUCUGUCCAUGUGUCUGGUGGGUCCCAAUGGCAAAUCUCUGGUGAGGAAUGGGGUGAUUGACAGGCAGGCCCUGGAAAGUUUUCUGUCCGAAGAUGAGCUGCUGAAUGAGGAAGACGAUGCAGACAUGUCCUUACUGACACAGAAC